UGUGUUUUGGCUUCAUGAUUUCUGUCUUUGCUUUCUUUACCAACAACAGUAAGAUGGCCUCGGCACAUGACAGAGCCGUACUCCAGGCUAUAUUCAACCCCACCACCCCUUUUGGAGACAUCCCUAGCCUGAACCAAGAGGAGGAAUUAAUUGAUGAUGACAGUGGCUUUGACACAGAGUUGCUGAAGCAAGUGAAAGAGUUGGAGAUGCGGGGUGUCUCGGCAGCAGAGGCUGGGGAUUUGCAAGCUGCACUUCAACUGUUCAGCCAGGCAAUCCAGAUCCUGCCUCAGCGAGCCUCAGCCUAUAACAACCGGGCACAGGCCCUGCGGCUGCAGGGGAACACAGCAGGAGCCCUGGGGGACCUGGACCGAGCCAUCUCUCUUAGCAGCAGCCGUGGACGAACCGCCUGCCAGGCGCUGGUGCAAAGAGGCCUUUUACGUAGAUUAGCAUGCCAGGUUGAUGAAGCCAGAGCAGAUUUUGAGAAAGCAGCUGCACUUGGAAGUGAAUUUGCUCGACAACAAGCUGUGGUUCUAAAUCCGUAUGCAGCCCUGUGCAACAAGAUGCUGUCAGAGGUGAUCAACAAACUCAGAAACCCCGAAGUGUCUGAGAUGAUUUAGUUAAUGAGAUAUUUUUUACACCUUGUCUGUUAUGAAGUCCGUGCUUAAUAAAAGAACCCGGGACUUUGACUUUGAA